AUGGCGGAGUUGGCAGGUAGCCAAGUCCAAAAGCUCCGCCAUUAGUCUCCCCGCCUUCCCUAACGUCCCUUCGCCCGUAACUGGUCGGGCCCGGUCGCGGGCACCCAGAGCGUGGCGAGCGGCAGCCCAGAGCGGGAGAGAAGCGGGUGGUGGUAGUAGGGUGGGGGGAAGAGUCCGCUUAAGAUGGCGACGGGCUGCCCCGUAUGCAAAAUACCCGCCGCCCCCUCCCCUCCGCCCUCCCGGUGGCAAAGGUAAAAGGGUCGGGUUCAAGCCACUGCCUCCGCCCGCUCAGACUCCAUCUUCUUUUCUCCCUCACUCGGAGCCGGUGCAGUUUUCGCGGCAUCGCGACCACGGCAGACCCCGGGAAAGGAAACGGCGCAGCGCCCGAAGCCCGCCGAUCUCCGCCAGCACACCCCCACCCCGCCCGCCCGUUUCGGCGCCUCCCCUCUCUGCCUCGAGAGAACCGUCGCCCCUCCGAGCCCGAAGCGCGCCGCGACCCGCUAGAAUAAGGAAGCUCAUUUACCUCAGGAUUUGGCGCCAAGCAAGCCCGGCGGUGGCUGCCUCGCAACGGGUCUCUGGCCAGGCCUGGGUUGCCCCCCCACCUUGCGGGCCCGGUGAGGGGGGGGGAUAAAGGCAGGCGGAGGCAGCGGCACCGGAGGGGUUAACGUCUUGCCCUGCACGGAGCAGAGAAGGGGGGGGAGGAAAGGAGAGCCGCUCUGUUGUUAUUGUUAUUGUUGUUUUCUGGGCGGGGGGGGGGGUGAACGGGAGUCUUGUGGCGAAAGGUCAGAGUUCGUGACCCCGCCGGGCGCCGCUGCCGCCGCCUCUGCCGCCUGGGAGCGUCCCCUCGUUUCCUCUUCCCAGCAUUACGCCGGCCGCGGCCCCCUCCAUCUCUUCCCCCCACCGCCACCCCCUCCGCCUAAUGAGGCGGGGCCGGAGCUGGGGAAGCGGCAGAGAAGAGGGAGGGGCUACCUGUGGUGGCGGCGGCGGCAGCGGCUUCGAGCGCCCGCGUGCCUCCUGUCCCAUCCCACACAGCUUCCUUCUCUCUACCCCCCCCCCAUUCUAGUUCUGCGAUCCUUAAGGCGCAGCUGGCGGCGUCCGGGUUCCAUGUGCGCGGCCUGCGCUUUGCAAACCGGGGUAACGGACUCCGGGCAGAGCUCUCCCUCGCGCGCCUCCUGGAACCCCGACGCCGCAGGCGGAAGAGCCUUAACCCGCCGGGCGGCGCCCGCGCCAUCCUCAGCAACGGUAUCUCGCGGCUGUUUGAAUGCGGCCUCUCAAGGGGCAGAAGUUCCCCUCGGGGGCAUCCUGAUCUCAGGCAUGCUAGAGGUAAUCUUUUCAGGUAUCCUGUCCUCGAGCAUUGCUUAGAGCAGUGGUUCCCAAGUACGGCAGUCCCCGUGUUUUCCAAAAGCCAAAGCCAUGGACUUUUGAACAGUUCGAGAUCACCUUUUUCUUGUGUGAAGGGUUUCACGGACGACCAGUUGGGAAGUGCUGGCUUAGAGCUUUAAAAGUUAACAGCAGGGCUUUAAAUUGGCCCUGGAAACUGACUGUAAGCCUGUACAGAUGGCAAAGUAAUAGGUUGAUUGUACUGGCCAGUCCAGGUAAACAAGCUUGCCCCAUUUUGGAUCAGCUGAAGUUUUCUGCAUCUUAGAUGGGCCCAUUAAAAGUACUGCCAUGUUUUUUACUGUGUCUGAAACCUUUUUAAAGGCUUUUUUUUUGCAAAACUAAGGAGAGACCAAUUUAGUAAGCUUCUUAAUAAAAGUUUUGAGAGCACUCAGAGGUGUGGCUACCAGGACAUUUAAGAGGGCACCUAAGAUUUGUGCUUGGCUAUGCUGUCUUCUUUAUCUGUCAAUCUGUAAUGUGGUUUCCUAUGCAGCAUAUCUCUAGAAAUUAUCGUUAGCGUCCUGCCUCUUUCCUGUCUGUCAGUAGGUGAGAGGCAUGCAUUGUGAUUUUUAAUGUACAUUUUGAAUAAACAAGUUUUAAGUUUUAAAAUCUAGUAGUGGAUACCACAGAAUUCUACCAUUGGGGAAAAAUGUUUCCCUAUAUUAUCUAUUUCUCUCUAUUUCUCUCCAUUGCUUUCUUUGGAAAGUUUUGUGUACAUUAUGUCUUUUUUUCCACCUAAAAAUUAUUUUCUGGUGUGGGGUUGUGUUGUCCUAACAUAACAUUUCUGUGAAUGAUUGAUUUUGAAUUAUAUUUGCCCUUCAAAAUAGAUACAUGAUAAAUGGCAUGAGGUUAUAGUUUUUUUAAAAAAGCCUUACUUCUCUGAUAGCAUUCUCAAUAGAUCUGAUCUACCCAAUGGAGUUGAAAAUUGCCAAGCUUUAUACUUUUUCUAGAAAACUAGUAUUCUUGGAGUUCAAACAGAGCCUAAUCUGGGGGCUGCUUGUGUAUAUUCUCUUCAAGAGAACAUCCCUCCCUCCACCUAGCUCACAAGGGUAAUUUUAAGUUUCCAUUCUUGUUAUUAACAGACAUAAGUUUGCUGCUGUUCCUGAACUUGGCAAAUGAUGGAUUGCUAUUAAGCCAAGAUAUCAAACAAUUAUCCUAGAAACCAAGAACCCACUUCAAUGAGAGUUCUUACAAAUAGCACUCUAAUCUAAAAUUGAUAUUCUGCAGCAAAGAUAGACCACCAAAUAGAAACAAAUGCCAGCAUUGUUUCCCUCAGAUAAUAUCUGCUACACUAUUAGCUCAUUCACCUGCUUGUGUCCAAGUUGAUAUAGGCCAUAACCUGCCAACAAUGCCUUUCUGCUCCCUACCUAUGACAAACAAGUUAGUCUCUGAAAGAAAACAUGGGCAUACAAUUGAUAUAAAAGAUGGCAAUAUUCAGAAUUCGCAACAUUUCAGUGUCCCAAGACCCUCUGCCACUGAUCUUAAGUCACCAUUCUCCAACAAAAGAACAACAAAGGGACACUCAGGUGUGAAAUUGCUGAACUAGAAUUUAUCAGUGAGUUUCAUUCUACUGGUUUAGAACUCUUCUGAAACCAAUAAGUCCUCUCUUCCAGCAGAAUGAAACUUUUUCAAACCUUGUUGUAGGGACUCUCCCCAGCUGCAUUAUCCAGGAAGAGCACCUUCCUGCCAGCAGUUAGGCUGGAAAAAAGUAAAAAUAAUGUUUUCAAGCUCCAUUGCCUGGAGGGGAAUGUGUGUGGUGUGUGCAUACACUUAUAUGUGUGUGGUUUGUGUGGUGCAUGACCACCACUGCAUGCAGCCCCCAGAGGGUUGCCAAAGAGGGCUGCUCUAGCUGAAAAAGCUCCCUAUCCCAUAUCAAGCAACCACAAAGUUGCAUUUUUGUCUAAAUCUGGGUGUUGGAUUGAACUUGUGUCAAGAUGAUAACUGACUGAAGCAGUUCAAGUUGUUAUAUUGGAUGUAGUAAAAACAGGACAAUGUGAAACAUAUUAAAAAUCCAAACAAUAGCCUGUUUGGCCUUUGUGUCACCAGAGGUUGGCACAAAUUAAAAGAUCUGUAGACUGCCUAUGGUGCAUGUACAUGGUAUGCUGAGGGCUUUUAAGGGAGAACAUAAUCGUGGAAGUAAAGGGUAUAUAACAUACCUGAUUUGUGUGGUGUGAUUCACACCAGACAGACAACUGGUUGUAUGAUUAUGGUACUUCCAACUGGUUGAGCUGUGCUUUAUAAAACUUUCAAAAGAUGUUUAAACUCUUCAUGGUAGAGAAUCCUACAAGUAUGAGGGGAUAAAAAUGCCUCUUGAUAACUAAUUCUGGCUUAUGCAUGGAGGAUGCAUGGCUGAUUUAGAGAUGAAAUAUUGAUUCUGUUUCCUAUAGUAAUUUGGAAAUAUAGUUUGGGGUGGUUGAGAGAGCUAUAAGAGACUUCCGGGGUGGCGCCAUCGGCAAUGGCGGACUCCCUCUGAUCUGGAGGGACUAGCUCCACGCAAAACGGGUCUUUUCCGCUACGGCGAAGUGGGGACCCUUUCAAAAAUCACAGGCAGAUGAAGCCUGUGACCAUGGGACUCAGCAGGCACCUUUAGCGCCCCCCCAACCCGCAAAAGAACCCACUAAUGGGCUCCGGAGUGAAGAGGGGGAAGUGGCGCGGUGCUGAGAGUCAACUGCUUCUUCCGUGGAGCGAAGCCGCACAGCUGUUGCCGGAGAGCGCUGCCUUUAUCCUGGGACAAUUUGGCUUCUAAAAUAAUCACCCGUGAGUACUUAAAUUUCGGACAAUUGGACUUUAAAUAAGGACUUGCGAGCAGAAAGGAAAAUUGGACUUAAAAGUUUACCUCAAUUUGGCACUGAAACGGGAAGGUCUAAACAGGAAGUCAGCCUUCCGUUUCUUUGUAGAUAGAUUAAAGUAAAGACAUGGCAAACUAGAGCUCAGAAAAUCGCUUGUAAAAGAUUAACUUUCAUCAUUUAAAAUUGUUGAACCCCCCUUCGGAAGCAGGAGAAGAGGGGGGAUUUUUUUCGGACUGUUUAAACCUGCAGAAGUGAGUGUAAAGUAAAGUAACUUUCCACCGUCCUGAUCCUGGAGCGGGGUGUCAGGACUGACGUUUUUUGAAGUUCAUUGACCAGAGACAAAAGUUUUUGACAGAUAGCUAUAAGAAGAGAAACACUGAUUCCAUUGUUCCCCUUCGCAUUUUAAAGGAACAAAUAUUGACAAAAUAUCUGAAAAGAAACUUUGUUGUUAGACUUGUCUUAAAAGAAAGAACAAAUAGAAGUUUUCCCCUAGAGGGAGACUGUGAAACUGUAACCAACUCCGUGGAGCUUGCAGCUGUUAUAGAUUACAAUCGUGGGAAUAGACUUCUGACCUUGCAGGACAAUGUAUUCAGAAGCUCUGUUGCGUGCUUUCUGUAAAACAAAUGCCCUACUGGAACAGCUACAUGAGAAGACGGACUUGAUGGCUGAUGCGAUCAGAAAUUUUGAACAGGCAGUGGGAAAUUAUACGGAGCCCACCCAGGAAUUAAAUCAGGAGUGUGCCCUGACAGAACAGAGGAGGGAAGAGGAUGUUGCUGAAUCUUGGGCGCCAGAGAUGAAGGGAGCUGUGGCCCAGCAGGAACAUGAGCUUUUGGACUUGACAAAUGAACUUGGAAAAAGCCAGAUUUGGAAAGAUAAAGUUUGGUUUGGUUUGGAAAUGGGGGGUUGGAUAGACCCCCCUAUGCAGGGAUGUUUGGACCUUUCAAGUCUGGCAAUGGGCUGUGAGAUGUUUGGGGUUGUGGGGGCUCUUAAUUUUGGAGGGAUUUUGAAACAUGUUCUUAAAUACCACAUGGAGUUUAGUGUGGACUAUGGAAAAGGGGCUGAUUUGUCGAGAAGGGUCAAAAACAUUGUUAAGCUGGAGUUCCCACGAGUGAAAGGAGCAGGAGACAAAGGAAAAUACAGUUAUAAAUAUGAAGAAGAGCUGCGGAAGGGACAUGGAAGAGACUUAAGGGCCUCGGAUAUAAGGUUACCAGGUUAAUGCGCUAGAUCAAUGGGAUAAUAAGGACUGACAAAACCCGGGACCAGGAGGAAGGGACGCUGGAUGAAGAUUGGAUUGUUUUUAUUUCUUUUUUCUACUACUAGGAUUGUUUUAUAAAAUAGAUGAAUGUUAGAAAAAUGUUGGAACGAAAUUACUUGGCUUUAGCAAAAAUGUUUAAAGAAUUAUGGAAGAAUAUUAUGGUUAUGAGAAGUUGGCAAAAAUAAGAUUUAAGUUUUAAGCUUUAAGGUUCUUUAUAGUAAGAUAAGAUUAAAAUAGAUUAAGGUAAUGUAAUGACAGAAUAUUAUGAAAUAUGGAAAGGAUUUGCUGCGACAAUUAACUAGGAUACAAAAAAAGGGAGGAGGAGGAGGUCAAAGAAAGAAGGUAAUGACAGUUGAGGGUAUGAGAAUGAUGGAUUUGAUUUUGAGUGUUUGUGGUGUAUUUUUGUUUUUUGAAUUUGUAUUGUUUGAUGUGGAUUGUUUUUUCUUUCUUUUUUUCUGUUUUGUUCUUUUUUGUAAUUCUAAAAAUUUUCAAUAAAUAUCAUUUAAAAAAAAAGAGAGAGAGAGAGCUAUAAGAACACACAUUAAAUGUGUUUUAGCAGGCACCUUCACUGUUCUCUUUUUGGCACCUGCUAAAAACAUUCCUGUCUAGAGACCCAGAUCUAUUUUAGUAUUUUAACUUUGUAUGUUUUAAAGGAGUGUUGUAUUUUUUUUCUUGAUUCUACUGUUUUAUCUUUUGUAAACUACUUUGAGGUUUGUUUUUACAAUCAAGCGGCAUGUAAAUUUUAUGAAAUAAUAAACAAUGAAUAAUGAUAAUAAAUAGCCACAAUGCAUGGAGAGACAUUCAACAGGAUAGGGCUCAUUCAUGAGGUGAGCUCUUUGUGUCCAUGCCUAUAUGAAUACAGGCAUCUCAACUUACCCAGGGGUUAUGUUCUGGGGAGAACACAUAAAGACAAAAUCACAUAUAGUCAAGAGACAUUCAUUUGGUUCAGUGGCGGGUGGAUUUGCCAAAGGUUGGUUUUUCCCCUGGAUGCCAGCCACCUUUAUGCCCCCCCCCCUUUAUUUCAAAUUGCUAAGCGCAUAAAGCUGAAUGCACACAAGUUAAAUGUGCAUAAGUUGCAAAUUACCUGUAGUAUAUAGCAGCCCAAAUCAUACAAGCUGCUGAUGAUAGUAGUCUCAUAUUAAGGGUGUUUUAUGCUAAAACCAGCCCGUUGAAAUAUAUACAGAAUACACAUAGAAUCAUAGAAUUGUAUGGUUGAAAGGGAUCCCAAGGGUCAUCUUUUCCAACCCCUUGCAAUGCAGGAAUCUCAAUUAAAGCAUCCAUGACAGAUGGCCAUCCAACCUCUGCUUUAAAACAUUCAAUGAAGGAGAGUCCACCCCCUUCCAAGAGAGUCUGUUCCACUGCCAAACAGCUCUUGCCAUCAGAAAGUUCUUCCUGAUGUUAGUUGGAAUCUCCUUCCUGGUAACCUGAAGCCAUUGGUUUGGGGCCUAGUCUCCAGAGCAAGAGAAAACAAGCUUGCUCCAUCUUCCCAUGUGACAGCCCUUUAGAUAUCUGAAGAUGACUAUCAUAUCUCCUCUUUUCCAGGCACAUGUUGGAUCCCUGAUAUUUUAGACUUAAGCUUAUACCAAUCUGCACACAGCAAUUACAGCAAUAUUGGCAGCAAAGGCAUUCAUGACCAAUCAGUCCAGUGCCCAUUUGCUAGACAGUGUUGUGGCUUUCUCAUUAGGUAGAUGGAGAGUGCCAUCACAGCAAACCAACAUUUGUAAUGUAGAAAUAAGUUAAACUUUUUAUUUAUAUACAGCCUUUUAUUUAUAUACAGCUGUAGAUUACUUGUCUAGCUAGGCCGAAUCUCUUGCUCCUGGUAAUUCAGGCAUAGUAGAGCAUGCAUACAUUCAUUCAUGCAUGCAUGCAUGCAGGGUGUUGGUUGGCUAAAUGCCCCCACUCCAAAAGAAAAGAGAGAGGGUAUUUUCCAUGGGAAGUUUAGAAUUCAUUAAAAGAGUAUCUGCCAAUUUUAUAGGAUCGGGAUUAAUUUAUGUAAAUACUGAUUUCCAAACCAAGAAGAAAUGGCAACAAAUUCCUAGGGACCUGGUAUUUUCUCAUUUUAUUUUUCCAUGUUUCUUAAAACAAGAACUAAAUAAUUACUGUAUUUUUACAAUGAAACUUGAAUAGUUAUUUGUUCUUUUGCAGACUUCAUACAACAGUAGUUAAAUGCUAGCACCAAAAUAUCAUAAUACUGUUAUUCUGUAGUGCGUUUAAAAAACCAAAAAACCAAAGCAAAAACAUUUAGUUACUUACAGUGCAAUCCUAUAUCUGUCUACUCAGAAGUAAGCCCCACUAAAUUCAGUAGGGCUUAUUACCAAGUAAAUUGCAGUCUUAACCUGGGAGUCAAUCCCACUGAACUGGCUUAGUUCUGAGCAGACAGGGUUGCACUGUUAGUGUGUUACAUUUGGCAUUUAACAUUCUGUUCCUGUCAGUGCAAUUUUUCCCCCUUCUGCGCCCCCAUUUCAUAAUAGUAUGAUUUUAGCAAGGCCAAAUUUGUAACUGGAAAUGUGAGUGACUGAAAGUUAACUUUUAUUUGAAGGUAAUGUGAAAGUUGUGUUUUCAUACUUCAUUUUUACAUACUACUUUAUGAAAUAGAAAACUUGAUAGUGAAGUAACAAAUCCAUGCUACUGUGUUUAUUUCCUCCCCUAAGACUCAUAGAUUAUUGAAACACAACAAAUAAUUGUGUGUUUGAAUUGGUGGGAACCUUUAUACAAAUGGGGGAAGAUCAAACCCAGUCAAAAGUCUGAUUAGGAGUUCAGGUCAGAGAACAUAAUAUAAAUACUAAGGUUAUUAUUAUUAUUUAACAAAAAUGUAUUUUACUGUACAUCUGAAAUUUUUGAAGGUAACUUUAAAAAUGAAUGAAAAUCUGCUUUGCUGAAAGAUACCACAAUAUACUGAUGCUGUGUGUCACAAAGACUGCCACUAAGGUACCAGUCCUACUCGGAUUUGCUUGCCUAGAAGAUCUCAAAAUAAGUAUUUGGGAUAAAGGUAUGGCAGCAGUGUAUUGGUCUACGGUGGAACUGAUAGUAUUGACAUUGCAAUAUCCACAUGGAUUAUGAUAUUUGAUUAACACAAUGCUUAAAAUCCCCAACCUAAACAGUUAUUUGGUAAUGCAGCAUUAGGCUAUGUCACUUUAGUGAAAUACUAUGACUUCCCCUCUCCAUUACUUGGGUAUAAAACACAGCUUUUCAAGCAAAAUAGUGCACAAACCCUUUGGAUCAAUGGGUACCAUACCUAAAACAUGGCUUCGCUCUGGUAGUCUCUGUGGCUUAAAAAUGAGGACCAUCCUCAUAAAAACCCUUGAAAGAGCAAUCCAGUUUUAGUAUGCUCUGCCACUGGAGUUCUAAAAUGCUUCUCUAGGCUUUUCUAAAAGCAGUGUGGAGAUGUUUAUUUGUGUUACUGGCCCCAUUACCUGACUUUAUGACAUCACAUCAGCCUCUUCUGUGGGUCCUGCUACCAUCACCUACUGAUGCACUCUGAUUGAAAGAAUGAACCAAAGCCCAGAUUUGCAAGUUAGCAUUGAGGGAGACGUAUCUCAUCCCGAUAACCAGCUGCUACAUUGUGUGCAAGCCACUUACAUUUUCAUUUACUUAAUUUGUUGUUAUGUUUAUACCCCUCACAACAACCCUGUGAGGUAGGUGAGGCUGAGAAAGAUGGUGAGCAUCAUGCCUGAGUGGGAUUUUGAAUCCUGGUCCUAGUGCAAUAUGCUAACCAUUAUACCACAUUGGCUAUUUAAAUACUUCCCAUCAGAGCCUGAUUCAAGAAGAAGAAGAAGAAGAGUUUGGAUUUGAUAUCCCUCCUCUCACCCCCCCUUCAGGAGUCUCAAAGCGGCUAACAUUCUCCUUUCCCUUCCUCCCCCACAACAAACACUCUGUGAGGUGAGUGGGGCUGAGAGACUUCAAAGAAGUGUGACUAGCCCAAGGUAGCUUGCAAGCCCAUGGAGCAGUAUGAGUACAUGCACCCACUGGAGAUACACUGUGAGGUGUAAUGGCUGCUACACAUCUUCGUAAUCCUUUGCUAGACAAGGAAGCAUUAGUGGCAAUGGCCACAGUAUGCUUACAUUUGCUCCGUUGUCAGAAUACAGUGGAAUACCAGCCACCAUUCUUGAAGUGAGUGGCACAAUUAUAGAGUGUAAUUGCGUAUAUUUCCUUGGAUGAAGCAAUAGCCCCACUAAGGCAUUCAGAUGCACAUGGUUGCCAUCAUAUGUACAGUGGUUGGCCCUGCUCUUGUGCUUGCUGCUUUCCCCCACCCUACACAUUGCAGGAAAGGUCUUAAGCAGGGAGCCUGCUUUAGGCUUGUAGGUUCCUAGAUGUUUUACGUGAUCAGGGUUCUAACUUGGCCAAGGAGCCUAUGCACAUACAGCAGGUUUGUGCCUUAAGACCUUCAUGCGUCGAAGAUGGGGAUGUAAGAGAUUGCCACUCUGACUGAUAUGUUUAAAGUAUUCCUGCACCACUGUAAUAGUCAUGGCUUCCCCCAAAGAAACCCGGCAACUAAGGGCAAAGGGUUGUUACAAGACCCUUCACUAAGCCACAGUUCGCAAUGCCCAUACUACACUUCCCAGGAUCCUUGAAGUCACAGCCAUCAAAGUGGUGCAAGAGUGCUUUCAUUGUAUGGUGUGGGUACAGCCUGGGUGCCUGGAUAGAGCUGGUGUAAACACUGAAUGGAAUAUUUCUCCCAGCCUUCCUUAUCUUGCCACCAAUACAGUUAAAUGUUUUUCUGCCUUUGGAGUUAAGUGCUGCUGACACUAGAUUUGGAUUAUGAAUCUUAUUACUAUAUUACUACUAAAAAUCCAAUGCCCUCAGCAAUUAAAACAGUAUAAUAAUUCUAGAUACAAUCAGUUUCAGGCAACCUUAUGUGA